AUGGAGAGCAGUCGCAUGCCACUGAGUGCCACCCCUCGCAUGCCAUGCAGCCUCCAAACCCUUGCGCGCCGCAACCUUCUCCGUGGCCUUCACCUCCGGAAGGACGCGAGGCAGCCACGACGUCUCUCAGUCUCAUGCGAGGCGACCGGCGGCUGCCGCGUCGACCGCCGUGAGGUGCUCCUCGGUCUCGGCGGCGCCGCGGCUGCCGGUCUGGCCACGGACAAAGGUCGAGGCGCGAUCGCCGCGCCCAUCCAGGCCCCGGACCUCCGCAACUGCCAAACGCCCGAGCUCCCGAACACGCCGCCGGACACCAACUGCUGCCCGACGCCCGGCACCGGCAUCACCGACUUCGUGCUGCCGCCCGUCUCCUCGCCGCUCCGCGUGCGUCCGGCAGCGCACCUGGUGGACGCGGGGUACCUGGCCAAGUACGAGAGGGCCGUGGCGCUCAUGAAGCAGCUGCCCGCCGACGACCCGCGCAGCUUCGAGCAGCAGUGGCACGUGCACUGCGCCUACUGCGACGCCGCCUACGACCAGGUCGGGUUCCCGGACCUGGAGCUCCAGAUACACAACUGCUGGCUCUUCUUCCCAUGGCACAGGUUCUACCUCUACUUCCACGAGAGGAUCCUCGGCAAGCUCAUCGGCGACGACACCUUCGCGCUGCCCUUCUGGAACUGGGACGCGCCGGCCGGCAUGACGCUGCCGGCCAUCUACGCCGACAGGUCGUCGCCGCUCUACGACGAGAGGCGCGACCCCGCGCACCAGCCGCCGGCGCUGGUCGACCUUGACUCCAGUGGGUCCGAUACCAAUAUCCCAAGAGACCAGCAGAUCGACGAGAACCUCAAGAUCAUGUACCGCCAGAUGAUUUCGAACGCGAAGAAGACGCUGCUGUUCCUGGGACAGCCGUACCGCGCCGGCGACCAGCCGGACCCGGGCGCCGGCUCCCUGGAGAACGUGCCGCACGGCACGGUCCACGUCUGGACUGGCGACCCAAGGCAGCCCAACUUGGCGGACAUGGGCAACUUCUUCUCGGCGGCGCGCGACCCCAUCUUCUUCGCGCACCACGGCAACAUCGACCGCCUGUGGCACGUCUGGCGCGGCCUCCGCCCGAGCAACACCGACUUCACCGACCCCGACUGGCUCGACGCCGCCUUCCUCUUCUACGACGAGGAGGCCCGCCCCGUGCGCGUGCGCGUCCGGGACUGCCUCGACCCGGCCGCGCUGCGGUACACGUACCAGGACGUCGGCCUGCCGUGGCUCAACGCCAGGCCGGCCAAGGCGUCCGGCGGGACGCCGGCGCCUGCCACCACCGGUACCCUCCCUGCCACCCUGGACAGCACCAUACGGGUGACCGUGACGAGGCCCAGGGUGUCGAGGAGCCGCCGGGAAAAGGACGAGGAGGAGGAGGUGCUGGUCGUGGAGGGGAUCGAGAUCGCCGACCAUUUCAACAAGUUCAUCAAGUUCGACGUGCUGGUGAACGAGCCCGAGGGAGGGGUGGACGGCACGCCGGCGACGGCGACGGGGUACUGCGCCGGGAGCUUCGCGCACACGCCGCACAUGGUCCGGCCCGAGGAGACGAGGAAGGGGUCGGUCAAGACGGUGGCGAGGUUCGGCGUGUGCGACCUGAUGGACGACAUCGGAGCGGACGGCGACCAGACGGUGGUCGUGUCGCUCGUACCCAGGUGCGGCGGUGAGCUGGUCACCGUAGGCGGCGUCAGCAUCAGCUACCUCAAGUGA